AUGGCGAUUCGCCGGCAGCGCCGCUCCUUCCCGCUCGUCCCCUUCCUCGUCUCCCUCCUCGCCGUCGCCGCCUAUGGCCGCCUCAUCUCCGACGGCAUGCCGGCCACCCCGUCCUCCUCCGUCCUCGCGUCUCCGCUGUCCUCGGCCGCCAUCCGCCUCAACUCCUCCUCGCCGGCCACCGCCGCGGCCGAGGAGUGCGAGCAGACGUACGGCUUCCUCCCGUGCACCACCACCGUGUUCGGGAACAUGUUCCUGGUGCUCACCUACGGGUUCCUCAUGUUCAAGGCGGCCACGUUCCUGUCGGCCGGCAGUGAGCUGCUGCUGGAGAUCAUGGGCCCUGGCCUCGUCGGCGGCCUCCUCCUCCCCAUCCUCGGCGCCCUCCCCGACGCGCUCCUCGUGCUCGUAUCUGGUCUCUCUGGGACUAAAGAGACCGCACAAAGUCAGGUCCUCAUUGGGAUGGGGCUGCUUGCUGGUUCGACCGUCUUUCUUCUCACCCUGCUUUGGGGAACUUGUGUUGUUGUUGGCAAGUGUGAUGUUGGGGAAGACGGUGUUGCUAUUGAUUCAACUGACACUAAGGGCUUCAGCUUGAGUGGCUCUGGCAUUACAACUGAUGUGCAGACCAGCUAUGCAGCACGAAUCAUGGCCAUUUCUGUUAUUCCCUUUGUCAUUGCUCAGUUCCCGAAAAUGUUGUAUACUCACCAUGGGGAGCGCCUGGCCAUCUUGCUGGCCCUAAUUGCAUCGUUCUCACUUGUACUCGCCUACUGCCUGUAUCAGGUUUUCCAGCCUUGGGUUCAGAAGAGGAAGCUCGCAUACGCAAAGCACAAGCAUGUGAUCUCUGGGAUCCUACAGCAUGCCCAAAAGCAAGCACUGGGCCGGAUGCUUAACGAUGACGGCUCACCUAAUGAAAACGUCAUAAGAAAGCUGUUCCACAAGAUUGACAAUGAUGACAGCCGUAACCUGUCACGAGCAGAGCUACAUGCGCUUAUUAUCGGGAUCAACUUUGAUGAGAUUGACUUUGACAAGAAUGAUGCAGUCGAUAAGAUCAUGGACGACUUUGAUACUUCAGGCAAUGACACUGUGGAGGAGGAUGAGUUUGUCGCGGGAAUGAAAACAUGGCUUAAUGAGGCGAAGCAAAAAGUGGCGGCUAGUGGUGCCUACUCUAAUAAGUUUGUCAACGACUACCACGCUAGAACCAGGGAGGAGCAUGACCAGUUGGUCGACAGAUCUGACGAGGCAGUGGAGAGCGUCGAGAACCCUGGCUGGUGCAUUGCCAAAGCCGUGGGGUACCUGAUUCUCGGUGCUACCAUUUGUGCCGCAUUUGCAGACCCGCUCGUUGAUGCUGUCCACAACUUCUCUAACGCCACACACAUCCCGUCCUUCUUUGUCUCGUUCAUCGGCCUCCCGCUGGCAACCAAUUCCAGCGAGGCUGUCUCGGCCAUCAUCUUCGCCAGCAGGAAGAAGCAGAGGACUUGCUCCCUUACUUUCUCGGAGGUGUACGGCGGUGUGACCAUGAACAACACACUGUGCCUGGGCGUGUUCUUAGCGCUCAUCUACUUCAGGGAGCUGACGUGGGACUUCUCCUCGGAGGUGCUCGUCAUCCUGCUCGUCUGUGUCAUCAUGGGCCUCUUCACAAGCUUCCGGACCAGCUUCCCGCUCUGGACCUGCCUGGUGGCGUACCUGCUGUACCCUCUGACACUCGCCGUCGUCUACGUCCUUGACUUCGUCUUCGGCUGGUCAUAG